ACCCUCACCGAGCCGCCGACCCCCGCCGGGGAAACUCCGACCGCCGCAGGAGAGAGCCCGACCCCCUGCGAGCCGCCGACCCCCUCCGAGGAGCGCCUGGACUCCAGCUACGGCUCCGGCGCCCUCCCCGAAGCGCUGCCGUCCGCCGAGCCGCCGCCACCGCCAGACGGCCCGAACCGGCGGCAGCUGGAGGCCCUCACCUACGUCUCGGAGGACGGUGACACGUUGGUUCAUCUGGCAAUUAUUCACUGUGUACCAGAUGUGGCACUCUGCUGCAUUGCUCAGCUUCCCAGAGAGCUGCUGGAGAUCCAGAAUGACCUUUUCCAGACUCCACUGCACCUGGCUGUCUAUCUGGAGCAGCCCAGUAUAGUCCAAGCACUAAUCCACAAAGGAGUCAACCCUGGGCUGCAGGACCGCAAUGGCAACACCCCGUUGCACCUGGCCUGUGAGCAGCAGCGCCUGCGUUGUGCCCAGCAGCUGCUGCAGGGCACAGCUGAGCCCCCCGGGCACCUCCAGGACCUGCAGCUCCAGAACUGGCAAGGUCUGGCCUGCCUACACAUCAGCACCUUGAAGGGGAACAUCCAGAUGAUGUCCCUGCUGCUGCAGAGCGGUGCCAACAUUGAUGUUCAGGAGGGCACGAGCGGGAAGACCCCGCUGCACAUGGCAGUAGAGUGCCACAACCGGAGUGCUGUCCAGUUCCUGCUGCACAAUGGGGCCUACGUGGAUGCCCAGAUGUACAAUGGCUGCACCCCGCUCCACCUGGCCGUGGGUCGCAAGGAUGCUGCCAUCGCUGCCAUCCUCUCGCACUCUGGGGCAGACACCCUACUGAGGAACAUGGAAAACGAGACGGCCCAGGACCUGGCUGAUGGCAACGAUGAUCUCCUCGCCUUGCUGCCCUUUGAUGACCUGAAGAUCUCAGGGAAGCCCGUCGUGUGCUCUGAGUGAGCAGUGGACACGUAGGCCCACAGACGGCCUCCUCGCCCUGUGCUGUCACCACUGAAGCCUGCAGUGGGAGUGGAACUAUGUGUUAUCCCUGCCCGGAGAAGAGUUUUCUGGGCCUCAGGCUGCCUUUCUGGACAGAAGGAGGUGGCACUAUGAGCACUACACAGGGGAGGCUGUAUUUUCAGAUUUGUGCCCAGUGGGGUCUGUGUGACAGAUCAGCAGGACUGAAUUCCCCUCCCUUCAGGGACCUGAACUGCAGGGGCUGCAGGCUGUCGCUGACUGGGGAUGGAGUAGGAGAGGACUCUUCAUCACAGAGCAUAGGGACAGAGCAUCAUCUGGCACCCCAGCCAGCAUCAGAACAAGUGUGGGUGAGCAGCUAGUGCUCACUGUAAUAAACAUUUGUUCUGGC